AUGUCUAAAACUACCGACGCAACCAGGACGGCGGAGGUGGAGCGCAUCCUUCGCGCAUUCAAGAAGAACCCGUACGAGGCCCUGGACAUUGACGCGUUCGCAACAGACGCAGAGGUCAAGAAGGCUUAUCGUAAGAAGUCUCUGCUGAUUCACCCCGACAAGUUCCAACAUGAACAGGGACCAGAGGCGUUCGACUUGCUGAAGAAGGCGGAGGGGAUGCUUUCAGACGCGGCGGAGCGCGAGAAGAUCGACUCGAUCUUGACAUACGCGCGAACGCUGGUGCUCAAGGAGGCGCUGGGAUCAGGAUACUCGACCAAGGUCGCAGACGACGACCCACGGGUCACUGGCAUGAGCCCUCCGUUCCAGAUCCAGCUGCGCACUAAAGCCAAGCAGUUGAUCCUCGAGGAGUCGAUGGACGAGAAGAACCGCGCGAACAUGGUUGCGGUUAACGAGGCGAACGAGCGCGCCGCCGUGGAAGCGGAGAAGGCGCGCCGCAAGCGCAAGGUCGAAGAACAGAAGGCGUGGGAUGAGCGCCGCGACGAGCGUAUCGGCGACUGGCGCAACUACAUGCACAAAGAGAAGGUGCGCAAGGUCAAGAAGGCCAAGAAGAACCUGCACGUCUUGGGGUAG